CGUACACGCAUAACCGGGACCGCCAUUGAUUAAACCUGUCAGAGAAUCAGCUGAUCGGUUAUUCACGUACGUGAGAUCAGCUGUGCGCAAUCAUGGACGCGUUGAGCAAAGAGGAUUUUGUAAUACCUCCGGCUAAAUACGAAUAUUUGGACCACACGGCGGACGUACAAUUGCACGCAUGGGGCGAUACUCUGGAAGAAGCUUUCGAACAAUGUGCGGUGGCCAUGUUUGGGUACAUGACAGAUUUAGAGCGUGUUCAAAUGACACAGUUGCACCACAUAGAAGCGGAAGGACACGACUUGGAAAGUCUUCUUUUCCAUUUCCUCGACGAGUUAUUAUUCAUGUUUAGUGCCGAACCGUUUAUCGUUGCAAAGAAAGUGAAGAUCACUAAUUUCGACCGCGAGAACUUCAAGAUCUCUGCGACGGCGUUAGGAGAAGAGUUCACGAUUGGCAAACACACGCAAAAUGCUGAAGUGAAAGCGAUUACGUACUCAGCGAUGCAGAUCCUCGAUCGUCCUGAAUCGGAACGUCCUGAACUUUUCGUGAUCGUAGACAUAUAGCUAUCUCGGGCCCAAUUCUAUACCUUUCGUUUGAUUUUUUGGCGCCCCAUGUUUAAGAUACGAAAACGGAAAAGCACAUAAAAAUAUAGGAGCAAGAAGGGAGGUACGUACCUUCUCUUAAGUUCUUCGUAGGGCACGAUCCUUUUGUAGUUGCAUAGGGUUCAAAUAAAUACGUUACGAAGAAAACACCGGGCUCCCUUCUUGGCUACCUGCCUCAGGUACGUACAAAUGCGCCAAGGGAUCCUGCCUUCUUAUCGAAGAUACUGAUAUCGAUCAAGAACAACCUCAUAAAUAUAUAUAAUCGUAAAUAUAUAACUGUACACAAUUUACUUGAGUAACAUAAACAUUAAACGUCCCUAAUUUAUUUAUAUAUUGUGCUUGUUAUGCUAACAGCUGUUCGAUUGUUGUUGAAGCUGUUAACAGUGACUUUUAAAUAGCGAGAAACAUAUGACAAGUAUUAUAUACGAAUAUUUGUAUAUUUUUAUAAAUGUACAAUAAAGAUAUUUUUUAUGUUU